GGGGCAGCGCCCGGGCGGCUAGCCGAGCGCGGCAAGGCGGCGGGUGUGAGCAGGAGCCGGCUGCCUCCGUCCCCCUCGCUUCGGUUCGGCUGUCUGCUACGCUGCCUUCGCCCUCGCCGCGCGCCGCCUCCUGAGGGACUCCAGGGAACCUCUGGCGACCCCGACGGGGCCGAGGAGUCGGGACUAGGGGAGCCGGCGCUGAAGGAGAAGCCUGGUCGGAGCCGCGGAGCCGAAAGCUCCGGGGCGUGGAGGUGGGGGGCCGAGGCCCCUGAGGGGGCCCCGCAGCGAUGGGCAACCUGGAGAGUGCCGAGGGGGGCCCGGGAGAGCCGCCCUCUGUCCCUUUGCUGCUGCCGCCCGGCAAGAUGCCGAUGCCUGAGCCCUGUGAGCUGGAGGAAAGGUUCGCCCUGGUGCUGAGCUCCAUGAACCUGCCUCCAGACAAGGCCCGGCUUCUGCGGCAGUAUGACAAUGAGAAGAAGUGGGAUUUGAUCUGUGACCAGGAACGAUUCCAGGUGAAGAAUCCUCCCCACACUUACAUUCAGAAACUCCAGAGCUUCUUGGACCCCAGUGUAACUCGGAAGAAGUUCAGGAGGAGGGUGCAGGAGUCAACCAAAGUACUAAGGGAGCUGGAGAUCUCUCUUCGCACCAACCACAUUGGGUGGGUGCGGGAGUUUCUGAAUGAUGAAAACAAAGGCCUGGAUGUGCUGGUGGAUUACCUGUCCUUUGCCCAGUGUUCUGUCAUGUUUGACUUUGAGGGUCUGGAGAGUGGUGACGAUGGUGCAUUUGACAAACUCCGGUCCUGGAGCAGGUCCAUCGAGGACCUGCAGCCACCCAGCGCCCUGUCGGCCCCCUUCACCAACAGCCUCGCUCGCUCUGCGCGCCAGUCUGUGCUCCGGUAUAGCACUCUCCCUGGGCGCAGGGCCCUGAAGAACUCCCGCCUAGUGAGCCAGAAGGAUGAUGUCCACGUCUGUAUCCUUUGUCUCAGAGCCAUCAUGAACUAUCAGUACGGAUUCAACCUGGUCAUGUCCCACCCCCAUGCUGUCAAUGAGAUUGCACUUAGCCUCAAUAACAAGAAUCCAAGGACCAAAGCCCUUGUCUUAGAGCUUCUGGCAGCUGUGUGUUUGGUGCGAGGAGGUCACGAAAUCAUCCUUGCUGCCUUUGACAAUUUCAAAGAGGUAUGCAAGGAGCUGCACCGCUUUGAGAAGCUGAUGGAAUAUUUCCGGAAUGAGGACAGCAACAUUGACUUCAUGGUGGCCUGCAUGCAGUUCAUCAACAUCGUGGUGCACUCGGUGGAGGACAUGAACUUCCGGGUCCACCUGCAGUAUGAGUUUACCAAGCUGGGGCUAGAGGAGUUCCUGCAGAAGUCAAGGCACACAGAGAGCGAGAAGCUACAGGUGCAGAUUCAGGCAUAUCUGGACAACGUGUUUGACGUCGGGGGUUUGUUGGAGGAUGCUGAGACCAAGAAUGUAGCCCUGGAGAAGGUGGAAGAGUUGGAGGAGCAUGUGUCCCAUCUCACAGAGAAGCUUCUGGACCUAGAGAAUGAAAACAUGAUGCGGGUGGCAGAGCUAGAGAAGCAGCUGCUGCAGCGGGAGAAGGAGCUAGAGAGCAUCAAGGAGACAUACGAGAACACAAGCCACCAGGUACACACCCUGCGAAGGCUCAUUAAAGAGAAGGAGGAGGCCUUCCAGCGUCGAUGCCAUUUGGAGCCAAGUGUCCGGGGCCUGGAGUCUGUGGGCAGUGAGGCCCUGGCCAGAGUAGGCCCUGCAGAGCUGAGUGAGGGCAUGCCAUCCUCUGACCUGGAUCUUCUGGCUCCAGCCGCACCCCCUGAGGAGGUCCUGCCUCUUCCUCCACCACCAGCUCCGCCCUUGCCCCCUCCACCUCCCCCAUUACCAGACAAGUGUCCCCCAGCCCCACCUCUCCCUGGUGCUGCACCCUCUGUGGUGUUGACAGUGGGCCUGUCAGCCAUUCGAAUUAAGAAACCUAUCAAGACCAAGUUCCGGCUGCCUGUCUUCAACUGGACAGCACUGAAACCCAACCAGAUCAGUGGCACUGUCUUCAGCGAACUUGAUGAUGAGAAGAUCUUGGAGGACCUGGAUCUGGAUAAGUUUGAAGAAUUAUUCAAGACGAAAGCGCAGGGCCCUGCCCUUGACCUCAUCUGCUCCAAGAACAAGACAGCACAAAAAGCUGCCAGCAAGGUGACUCUGUUGGAAGCCAAUCGUGCCAAGAACCUGGCCAUCACCCUACGCAAGGCUGGCCGCUCGGCUGAGGAGAUCUGCAGGGCCAUUCACACGUUUGACUUGCAGACACUACCUGUGGACUUCGUGGAGUGCCUGAUGCGCUUCCUGCCCACAGAGGCUGAGGUAAAGCUGCUGCGGCAAUAUGAGCGUGAGCGGCAGCCCCUGGAGGAGUUGGCGGCUGAGGACCGCUUCAUGCUGCUCUUCAGCAAGGUGGAACGGCUGACCCAGCGAAUGGCUGGCAUGGCCUUCCUGGGGAACUUCCAGGAUAACCUGCAGAUGCUCACACCGCAACUCAAUGCCAUCAUUGCGGCGUCCGCUUCCGUCAAGUCUUCACAGAAGCUGAAGCAGAUGUUGGAGAUCAUACUUGCACUGGGGAACUACAUGAACAGCAGCAAGCGGGGAGCUGUGUAUGGCUUCAAGCUCCAGAGCCUGGAUCUGCUGUUGGAUACCAAGUCCACUGACCGGAAGAUGACACUGCUUCAUUUCAUCGCCUUGACAGUGAAGGAGAAAUACCCAGACCUGGCUAACUUCUGGCAUGAGCUGCACUUUGUCGAGAAGGCUGCAGCAGUGUCCCUGGAGAACGUGCUGCUGGAUGUGAAGGAGCUGGGCCGGGGCAUGGAGCUGAUUCGGCGUGAGUGCAGCAUCCAUGACAACAGCGUCCUCCGGAACUUCCUCAGUACCAAUGAAGGCAAACUAGACAAGCUCCAGCGGGACGCCAAGACGGCUGAGGAGGCCUACAAUGCAGUUGUGCGCUACUUUGGUGAGAGUCCCAAGACUACACCUCCUUCUGUAUUCUUCCCAGUGUUUGUCCGAUUCAUUCGUUCUUACAAGGAAGCAGAACAAGAGAAUGAAGCCCGCAAGAAGCAGGAGGAGGUAAUGCGGGAGAAGCAGCUGGCUCAGGAAGCCAAGAAACUGGAUGCCAAGACCCCAUCCCAGCGGAACAAGUGGCAACAGCAGGAGUUAAUAGCAGAGUUGAGGCGGCGCCAGGCCAAGGAACACCGGCCUGUUUAUGAGGGGAAGGAUGGUACCAUCGAGGACAUCAUCACAGUGCUGAAGAGUGUCCCUUUCACGGCCCGUACUGCCAAGCGGGGCUCACGCUUCUUCUGUGAUGCAGCCCACCAUGAUGAGUCAAACUGUUAGCCCCCAAGGCUGGGGCCCGACAGGCCUCCACUGCCAGCCUAUGGUUGUUCGCCACCAAGCCAGGAGUGCUGCGCCACCCAGUGGUCCCCCUCGGGCUCCAGGCCCCCACUGAGACCCUCUUGGAGGCAGAAGCACUUCAGCCCUCAGAGUCCUACAAGUCCAACCAGUGGACCUGGAAUUGGCCAAGGGCCCAGGAGAGGGCUGUGUUGCUCUCAACCAUGUCCGCCCCAGCUCUUAAGGCUGGAUCUUUCUACUUGUGCCACUAUGGGCACUAGGUCUGUAGGUCCCUGGUGUCUCCAGUACUGCACUUUGCCCCCAAGGUCUUUGACUUCGUUUCCUGAAGGGUCGCCAAGGGUCAGCUCAAGGCUGGGAAAAACCAUUUCCAGCUUUAGCCUAAACAGGGCAUGUAGAUCUCUCUCCCACUAGAGCCCAGAGGGAUGAGAGGAGAGAGCAAUUGUCCUUUCUUUUUUUUUCCCUUCCUUUUUGCAGGCCCAUGGUCAGCUCUGGUCUAGAUGUAUCUAGGCUUAGGGAGCCCUGGGACCCUGCCAGUCUCAGUUCAUCUCUUACCAGGAGCAAGGCCCUCUGAAGCAUGGGCCGUGCCAGCUGUGCCCUAGUGAUAAGGGUAAGAGGAAAUAUGUCAGACUCACUGCCCUUAUUUCUCUGCCCAUUUCAUUCUAGGCUCACACUGUCCUUGUCAGGUGGGCAGAAAAGCAGAGGUUUUCUCUGCACCAACCCCUCUCUGCAGAUGGCUGGAGAAAGGGUGGGCCAACUCUUCACCGUCUUUCCUCAGCUACGUUUUUUUGUUUGUUUUUUGGCAGGGGACAAGGAGCAUGGUGGUCUUGGCUGACUAUUUGCUCACCUUCCUGUUUCUCCUCUGCCCCUGGAAGGGAAUGUGGGGGCCCACUUUUUUGUACAUAUACCACCUCCUUUUCCUCUUGUACAUAAACCUCAGACUCUCCCUCUCUCAACAAAGGCUUGAUGCACCA